AUGUUGAGACACUCAAUUAGAUUGAAGCCAUUGGUUCAGCGUCAUUUGGGAUCAGUCAACUACUCCACAGGCAAGGAGAUCAAGUUCGGCGCAGAGUGCCGUGCUUUGAUGUUGUGCGGUGUUGAACAGUUGGCCGCAGCCGUCGAGGUCACUCUCGGACCAAAGGGACGCAACGUCAUCUUGGAUCAACCAUUCGGCCCACCAAAGAUCACAAAGGAUGGUGUCACAGUUGCCAGACACAUCGAGUUCCAAGAUCGUCGCAUCAACCUCGGUGCUGCACUCGUCAAGGGCGUCGCCUCCAAGACCAACGACAUUGCUGGUGAUGGAACGACUACUGCCACCGUGCUGACCAGGGCAAUCUUUGCUGAGGGUUGCAAGGCUGUUGCUGCCGGUAUGAACCCAAUGGACUUGUGGCGUGGAAUCAACUUUGCCGUCGACCGCGUGCUCGAGGAGCUGAAGAAGAACUCGCGUCCCAUCACCACCACCGAGGAGAUUGCUCAAGUCGCCACCAUCUCUGCCAACGGUGACACCGUUGUUGGUAACAUCAUUGCUAGUGCCAUGGAGAAAGUUGGUCGCGAAGGUGUCAUCACAGUUCAGGAUGGCAAGACAUUGAAGGAUGAGUUGGAGAUCAUUGAGGGUAUGAAGUUCGACCAAGGUUUCAUUUCAAGAUACUUCAUCACCGACCCAAAGACUCAGAAGUGUGAGUUCGAGGACCCAUUGAUUCUGCUGACAGACGGCAAGAUCACCAACAUUCAAACAUUGGUUCCAAUCUUGGAGGCUGUCAACGCACAGCGCAGGAAGCUGCUGAUCAUCGCUGAGUCGGUCGAGUCAGAUGCACUCACUGCACUCAUUCUCAACAAGUUGCGUGGUCUUCAGGUCUGUGCCGUCAAGGCACCAGGCUAUGGCGAUCUGCGCAAGGUGCAGCUGCAGGACAUUGCAGUGCUCACUGGUGGACAGGUCAUCAGCGAGGAGCUCGGCACCAAGCUCGAGUCAGUCGACAUUAGCAUGCUGGGCACUGCCAAGAAGGUUGCCAUCAGCCAGGACAACACAAUCAUCUUGGACGGCGGCGGCGAGAAGGCAGCCAUCCAGGAGCGCGUCGAGCUGUUGCGCGAGACCAUCACAACCACCACUGAGGAGUACCAGCGCGGUAAGCUCCAGGAGCGUUUGGCCAAGUUGGGCCGGCGGCGUUGGUGUGAUCCGCGUCGGCGGUGCCUCCGAGGUCGAGGUUGGCGAGAAGAAGGACCGUAUUGA